AUGGAAGGAUACUUCUCAAGACUAAUGAGAGAAUACUCUGCAACAGACUUCGUCAUCAUUCGUGACGAUGCUGCAAUUUCCGAGUCUCAGCGCUCAGAGUUCAGUGCUUCGGUCGCAUCCAACGACGAGGACGAAGCACCACAGCGUCCUUCUUUCGGCAACUCGCAGUCGGUCGCCAAGAACUCAGCACCUACGCUUCCAUCAAGAAAGAAGAGUAUUGAUGAUCUUUCACUGACCCUGAAGCGAAAGGGUGGUAGCCGUAUGAAGCGAAUGUCGUUGAAUGACGAAAUGUUGUCUCACGGCAUCAGGAACAUCGGAAGCAACGAGCUACCGAAGCUUCCUUCAGGAAACCGCGGAUCCUCUUCAUCCAGGCAUAUGUUAUUUGAUGAUAUUUUUCGAGAUAUUGAUGCAAUGCUCAAGGAAACAGCUGAUAUCCUUGAUGAAUGA